CACAAUUCGCUUACUUUUCUUGGUCUGGGUUUUGUAAUUGUUAAUCUGAUCCCUUCCUGGAGAGAGUGGGAGAGGGAGAGGGAGAGGGAGAGAAAUGGGGAGCAUACCCGGUUGGCAAGUGGGGCUCUUGUGUGGAAUCGUUUCAUGGAUUGCUAUUUCUUCAAUUCUCAAUUUGACUCAGAAAAUUAGAUCCUUGACCCAACCCUGGGUUUCUCGCCAUGUAAUCUCUGGCACUCCUAUUGCCCUGCGGAUCCAGAAAUAUCAUCAUGGAUCAUUGGAUGCUUUUUUCUCCGGAUUGUCUUGUGUUGUGUCGGUGCCUUUCUACACUGCCUUUCUUCCCUUGCUCUUCUGGAGUGGACAUGGAAAAUUGGCCAGACAGAUGACCCUGCUAAUGGCAUUUUGUGAUUAUUUAGGGAACACUGUAAAGGAUGUAGUAUCAGCUCCAAGACCCAGUUGUCCACCUGUUAGGAGAGUGACUGCUACCGAAGAUGAGAAAGAGAAUGCAAUGGAAUAUGGGAUGCCUUCUUCCCACACUCUCAACACAGUUUGCUUAUCUGGUUACCUUCUGCACUAUAUCGUUACGUACACACAAAGUACUGAUGCCUCCAUGCAGUUUGCUGGAUUCGCCAUAGUUUGCCUGUUUGUUGGCCUCAUUGGCUUGGGAAGAAUUUACCUUGGGAUGCACAGUUUGAUUGACAUCAUCGCUGGUCUUGCUUUUGGAUUGGCGAUUCUGGCAUUUUGGUUAACUUUUCAUGAAUAUAUCGACAAUUUUGUUAUCUCGGGGCAAAAUGUGACUUCGUUUUGGGCAGCUCUUAGCUUCUUGCUUCUGUUUGCUUACCCAACUCCUGAGAUUCCAACUCCAAGCUUUGAGUAUCACACAGCCUUUAAUGGUGUUGCAUUGGGAAUUGUAAGUGGCGUCCAGCAAACUUAUCAUCAGUUUCACCAUGAAAAUGUUGUACGCGUCUUUACCCCUCAACUCACACUCCCUGGCUUUGUGGGAAGAAUACUAGUGGGAAUCCCGACGAUUCUAGUUGUGAAGUUCUGUAGCAAAGCUCUCGCAAAAUGGAGUCUGCCUAUUGUUGCAAACACCUUGGGACUCCCUAUAAAAUCAACCAGCUACAUCCCAGCACUAACUGCUUCUAGUUCUGGUGAAAAGUCGGAUGAAGUUAAACAGUCUGGUUAUCUCCAAAAGUUGUUCUUCUCCCAGCCUGCAUCAUUUGAUGUCGAUACUGGUAUUAGGCUUCUUCAGUAUGCUGGUCUUGCUUGGUCUGUGGUAGAUCUUGUUCCAUCUCUUUUCUCUCACCUGAGUUUGUGAGGCAUUGUAGCUCUCUCUCUCUCUCUCUCUCUCUCUCUCUCUCUCUCUCUCUCUCUCUCGGUUUUUUGACAUUUUGUUUUCCUGUGGGAGAUAUGCAAGGGAAAUAUAUUGUGAAUUGAUUUUGUAGGGAUUAUGGGGUAGAUUCUUUAUUAAAAACACAUCCAGUAUAUGGUAUAUAAAUUGAUCCCCAGUGAAAUUGAGUAA